AUGGCUCGAACAGUAAUGCAUGACGCUGAGAGGUUGAUCAAAACUGCCUUCAACAAAGUUGAUAGUAUACUAAAAACCGAUGGAGGUUAUGUCUCCAAUAAUGAACCAAAAGCUUCUCUAAUCAUCACUUCUCCUCCUAAAUUUCGCAGUUACGCUCACACUUUCUCUCUAUGUUAUAAAAGUGGCGAUAAUUCUUUUGAUGAUUACGAUGAAGAAUUGACCGAAGCAUCAACUUAUAUUUCUCCAUUGAAUUUAGCAAAUGUUGAUACUCCCGAUUAUGAGACUACAACUUGA